AAGGACCCGUAGGCCCCCAUUCCAUGACUAUUGUCUCAACCAACUUUCCACUUAUAGUUUCGCUUUCUCCAUCGACCUUGCAUGUCACGCUUUUCUGUGGAUUAACCCUCUACCAAUACAUUCAUUAGCACCAUGGCUGCUAAUACUAGAUACGAGCCAGCUCCUCAGCGGGACUCUUUUGAGGACCGCGCAUUCUCUCAGCCCCCGCCAUCUUAUCAGGCAACGGCCGAAUACUCACAAGCGCCUCGCAACGAGGACGACAAUGUUCCCGAUGACUUCAAAUUCGGUGGAAUGGUCGCAGAGGGAACGCUGCCUAUCCGGAUGCAAUUCGUCCGGAAGGUCUAUGCAAUCCUAACCGCCCAGCUCCUCCUAACAGUUAUCAUGAGCUCGAUCUCCUUCUUCAGCGACAGCUAUCGCACCUGGAUCCAGGGCAACUUCUGGCUGAUGAUCGUCUCAGUUUUCGGUGCUCUGGGCUUCAUGCUAGUUACCUACUGGAAGCGCAAGAGCUACCCAGCCAACCUCCUCUUCCUAACCGCCUUCACGGUUCUCGAGGCCUACUCUAUCAGCGUGGUGACGUCUUUCUACGAGUCGCGCAUCGUAGUGCAAGCUCUCAUUCUAACUCUCGGCAUGUUCGUCGCGCUCACGCUCUUCGCCUGCCAAACGAAGUACGACUUCACGAACUGGAUGCCCUACCUGUUCGGAGCCCUCUGGUUCCUGAUCCUGUUCGGCUUCGUCGCCGCCUUUCUCCCCGGCAGUUCCACCGUCGAGCUCAUCUACAGCGGAUUAGCGGCGCUGAUCUUCUCGGCCUAUAUCCUCGUCGAUACGCAGUUGAUCAUGAGACACUACCACGUCGAGGAGGAGAUUGCCGCCAGCAUCUCGCUCUACCUGGAUAUCCUGAACCUGUUCCUGGCUAUCCUCCGGAUCCUGAACAAUCAGCAGAACAACUGAACAUCAGCUUCCGAAAGUGGCCUAGGCCAAAAAUCAAGCUCUUUUGUCGCAAGUGCAGACUGUCUGGUCAAGAACACUUGCUUGUACCCCAUCGUUCCAUUUCGGCUCGCCUUUCAUCUGCCUAAUACUGGUAAUCAUGCUAGGUCUCUUUUGCGCCUGACUUUAGUGUGUUAUUGACGUUAUAGUGACAUGACCCUUCGUUCAUCUUGUUUGAUGUGAUAUACCGUAUUCUUAUAUUGUACUCUGGAAGUUCCGCAUUAGUGACAAUGUCAUUUGAAAGCGCUCGUUGGCAUUUUAUAUAGCUGAGAGUAAUAUAGUAACUUACUAAACAUAACCCUUUAGAAGAAGGCAAUACCGAAUAUCAAGGGAAGGGGAAGAAAGAAAAUGGUGUUAAUUUCAUUUAGACAGCCGAGGGCAACCAUACGUAAAGAAAACAGCCA